AUGACCGCCACAGUACAUCUCCGACUCCUUGUAUUCCUAUUCCUAGUGUCUACCAGCUAUUCUCUUCUAUUAUACGGAUGCAAUCUUAGCGACAAUUUAUGCGACGCCGAUGAGUAUUGUUUUCCCGAUGGCGUAUUCGGCCAAUGUUAUUCGGCCGCGAGUGGCAUGCCAACUCCCACCGUGCUGAACAACCUCGACGACGACCAAUUCAAACUUCUGGAACUCGAAAUCACCAGACUCGCGAAACGCGACAAAGAUUGGGAAGACGAAGAAUCGCAAUGUGUUCUCGCUUACUUCAAAAUGUCAAUGUUCUAUGAGUUGCAAUACGAUCCCGAUUUCUGUCAGGUCCGCAAACCGGCCAAUGUCUGGGCGUUGAUUCAACUCAUCGACACCGGUCUCGGCGAGGAGCCUCAACUUCUCGAUGAUUCGGCCGAUCAAGAAGUAGCGCAAAUCAUUGAACAACUCAAAACCCCAGUGCAGCCGUCCGAAGAAGAAAUUCAAGAAGCCCUCAAUGCUAGCAAUGAUAAUGUUAAUGAUGAGCUUCUUGAUAACUAUGUGUCCUCAAUUGUCAACAACGAAUCGCCGGACUUCUCAACGCUCUCCGAUGAGCAACUCGAACAGCUCAUUCAGCGUCUCGUCCUCCUUAAGAACAACAUGGAAGCAGAGAGUCCGAACGGCGAACAGGAACUCGCACUGCCGUUGGACAAUGCAUUAGAGGAACGCGAGCAGGCAAUUCUCAAGAAGGAUAUCGAAGAAUUGGGAGAAGUCAAUCAAGGACUCGAAAACACCGAACACAAAAUUGUGAAGGGCCGAAAGGAUCAAGUGACGCGAGUUGACGGGAAUCGCGUUUAUCUCAAAGUUCACAUUAAAGAUGAAGAUCAAUUGAUGCCACUUAUCGAAUUCCUCCAGAACACCAUCGCAAUCCCUAACAAUUUAUUUUUCGAUGAUUUCAAUUUCGAGAACGGACAGCUUUCAAUGAGAAUAUCGCGCUUCGAAGGUGCCAAGGCGAAAAAUGAAAAACGAAUUGAUUCCGUCGAAGGUGUGGCGUCUGCCGUCUACAAACGAAGAAAAGACAUUGCUCGCCUUUCCGGCGCGGACGUGCGCGAAACCGGAAUUGGAAGUGGCGAGGAAAGCCUUCCCGUCGAAUCGUCAGAACGCGAUUGGCUGAUGAUGCCGCUUCUGUUUGUUUGUGCGUUCACUAUAACCACUCUGGGUCUCGUCGCAGGAAUGCAAUUCAUGAAGAACCGACGUCAUUACAAAGACAAUAUUCAACAAAUCGCCGAUCAACUCGACGGCAAAACGAGUUUCGCUUAUCAGGAUCUCUGCCGACAACGCGCCGACGGAGGAAGAGCUUCGAAAUCGAGCUCGACAUCAUCAUGGUGUGAGGAGGCAUCGCCACCAACCAUUGACAUUUCGACAGGACACGUUGUUUUGAAUUUCUUGCAAGAGUAUCUUAGCGAGCCGACCAAAAUUGAAGCCCAAUGGAACAGCAUCAAAGAUUACAAGAAUGAGUCGCGAACCAAGACCAAGGCUGAGAAGUUCGCCAAUCUAAAUCGCAGCAUUCUACCAUUUGAUGACAAUAUUGUCGAGAUUGACGGAAAAAGCGAGAACAACGAAGACCACUACAUGAACGGAAGCUUUAUUUAUGACGACGACCCACGCCAAGCCGUUUACAUUGCCGCACAGACGCCAACAAGCACCCAAAUUGCCGCGUUCUGGCAGACCGUCUGGCAGCACGGCGUCUGCCUUAUCGUCAACAUCUCGACACAGGACGAAUGCAAGCAAGAGAAGAACUAUUGGCCGGACACUGGAAGUGAAGUUCACGGAGCUUUCGAAAUUCACUUGGUUUCUGAACACAUCUGGUCAGAUGAUUAUGUCGUUCGCUCGUUCUACUUGAAGAACCUCCAAAACAGCCAAACUCGCACAAUCACUCAAUUCCAUUAUUUGUCAUGGCAAAAGGACAGCACACCACCAAGUGCGAAGAGCCUUCUUGAGUUCCGAAGAAAAGUUAACAAGUCCUACCGUGGACGUUCAUCGGCCGUCCUCGUGCACUCAUGGGACGGCUCAGGCCGUACCGGAGUCUAUUGUGCGGUCGACGUUCUCUGCGCUCGCCUUCUACGCGGAAUCCGCCAAAUCGACGUCGUCGCCACCGUUGAGCAUCUUCGCGAUCAGCGCGACGGCAUGGUCGCCACCGGCGAUCAAUUCAAACUCGUCUACGGCUGUGUCGCUCAAGAAGUCAACCAUCUCCUCAAAUCGAUCUCGUCCCAGUAA